AUGGCAGCCCCUGGAGAUAUCACAGUGAAAACCCUUAAAGGGUCGUGGACAUUGGACAAGUCCGUUUCUGAUAGCAUGGACGGUAUCCUCAGGCUGCAAGGCGUGGGCUGGCUCACACGCAAAGGGAUCAGCGCUGCAAGCAUAACAUUGCAAUUCACCUCGGGCGUCGAGCCAUCUCCAUCUUCGGGCGAACCCACGGUACAUCUUACAAUGCGCCAAACGCUGACCGGCGGAAUCGGAGCUUCGACUGAAGAGCGCAUCACGGACUGGGUCGAGAGAGAACGAAGCAACCACAUCUACGGCGACGUGCUCUCGCGCAGCCGGCUGAUCGCUGGUGUUCGGGAGGACGGUUCUGUGCGACCAGAUCUGGAUCUACAAUCGAAGCCUUCCAAUGACGCGAUCAAGGAGGAGGUCCAGAAAUUCUUGCGUGGAGCAGUGGGUCCCACGGAUACCGAUGACCUUACAGAUUUGUUUAUCCACGACUUUGGACGCAAUGAAAAGUCCGGCUGGACAGCAGAGCAGAUUUGGAGCAUUGAAACUAUUAACUCUGAGAAAUGUCUCGUUCGCCGUGUUGCGGUCGUGCAGGAAGAAGGGUAUGAAGUGGCCCGCCUGGUAUAUAAGUUCAAUGGGCUCUAA